AUGUGGGAAAAUCACUUCGGUGUAUUAAAUGAAAAAGUUGAAGACCCCGAAUGCAAAUUAACUGGUAUAAUUCCUCGGUCUAAUAAUCUAAUAAUCCUUAGCUCGAAGUCUGCGUCCAACAAUGCAAAUGUACAAGGAAUAAAUAUGCUAAACGAUGUACAUCCAUUGUCGAAAUGUGCGCAAGGUUUCUGUGCAUUGGAUGAAAAAAUUUAUGAUCUUCGCUGCGAAUUAACAAACCGAAGAUGUGGCGAAAAUAUGAAAUUUGCUACGAUUAGCCGCGAACCGGGAAAUCCGAAUUCGUUCACAGGCCUUGUCAAUACUAAACACGAAAUUUGCAUUCAACAAUGUAUGUGUGCAAAUAUAAAAUAUAUUAAAAAAGAUGGAAAAUGUAUUGAAAACUUGGCGGAAAUAGCGACCACAGUUGCUGCGAUUGCCGAUUCUCACCAUUCGUAUGGUGAUGAAUGGUUUGAUUACUCGUGCGAGCUUGUAGGAAGCAAAUGUGGCGAAAAUAUGGUAUUCGUGAAAAUAGAUCCAUAUCUUUCAUAUUUUCAUGCUCUCCCGCGAUUUUUUUCUUUCAGUUUUUGUGUCGUACAAUGCAAAUGCUUGAAAUUCCAUGAGAAAAUAGAUGGACAAUGUGUUCAAAAAAAAGAUUGGGAUUUAGAGCUUUAUAUUAUGUAA